AUGAGACUUGUUGCACCCCUUUCUUUAUUAGCUUCUUCAGCUUUAGCUGCUUUACAAGAAGUUUCAUUAUUUGUUACUUCUGAUAACCCUUCUAUCAAUGGAAGUGGUGUCCGUGCCCCGCAUGAAGGUGCUGGUAUCAAUUAUCUUUUCGAUGCUAGUGAUGGUAGUAAAUUUGUAAAUGCUAAUACAAUCCCAUUAGUCUAUAAUACUACUUAUCAAGGAUUAUUCUGGAAAUCACAACCUGAUUUAAGUCAAUAUUUCGGUGUUUCUGCUGAUGGUUCAGCUGGUUAUGGUAUUGCUCAAUUAAGUAUAGCAGUUUCUGGAACUGGUGUUACCUUCAAAAAUGGGUUCUUGGCUUAUGAAGGUUCAACUAAAGGUUUCUACGCUUUAGGUAAUAUUAGUGAUCCAUAUAAUUAUUCGAAGGGAAGUUUAGCCAUUGUUAGAGAUCUUGAUGCUUCACCAAAAGGAGGUAUUCCAAUUUCUUUGACUGCUGUAUUUGGAGGUGCAUCUUCUGCUCCUCCAGCUCCACCAUCAACUAAAGCUCCAGUUCCGUCAUCUACUAAAGCUCCAGCUCUAGUUUCAACUGUUGCCACACAAACUAUAACCACAUCUGCAGCUAAAUCUACUACUACAGUUGCUGUUAUAUAUAAAGGUAACGCUGAUGGUGCUAUUGUCCCAGGUACUUUCUUAGGUGCUGCUGCUCUUGUUGCUGGGUUGUUAAUGUGA